GGGACGGAGUGCUGGGGUGUUGCGGGUGGACACUGGUGCGGCUAUGGGGAUGUAUAACCGGGGUGGAUACGCAUACACGCCUGGGGUUUCCGAGCAAAAGAGAGGGUUCGGUGUUGUCAAGGCACGAUGGGAUGGGAAGACGGGGAAGAAGAUGAAUAACACUGGGGAGGAGGUGGAGAGGUUGCGUGUCAGGAGGGCGCAGAGUGCGAGUGCCGGUGCCGGUGUGGAGGGGGAGAGUGGUGAUGGGGAUGGGGAUGGGAUGGGCAAAGGGAAAGGGAAGAAGCUUGAGGAUGCGAUGACGAAGGCUUUUGACCACACCCUCGCGUCUGUUCAAGCUUCUUAUUCCCCUGUCGACGAAUUAUCAUCAUAAAAAUAAAGGUAUCUCCGUCUCCCUCUCCAAGCCCUACAGCGCACGACAUGAAGGCUAACAACCCAGACAUCGAACCCAUCGCCAUCCUCGUCCACCCGCAACAACCGCUGUCGCACCUCGAACGCCUCAUCCAGUCUGAACUGCCUCCCCUCAAAACGGCAGACAACCAGUCCCGUCCCCCAACCGUCUCCUUCAUCGCCCUGCAACUCUCCGACGACCCGAUCCGUCCCAAACGCACCGUCUACAAAGACCAGCAACUCCCCACCGAAGGCGACACCUACACCUACCUGCGUGACACCCCCAGCGCCCCCAACACGAAGAAAAGCAAGGACAACCACCGUCUCGUCCGCUGGUCCCAGUCCACCGAGAUCGGGGACUUCAUCCGGGAUGCCGCGCGGGCCCGCGAGUUCAUCGUCUCGGUCGAACAGGCCCCCGCACCGGUCUCCGCCUCCGACAACAGCCAUUCCAACGACAACAACAACAACGACACCCCCCUCCACCAAAUCCGGAUCGCGGUCCCCUCCUUCGAUGAACGAACCUACUUCCUGCGCAUGCGCCUCCGCAAGAUCUCAGGGCGCAUCAAAAGCAUCGCGGAGAUCAAGCACGAAUGCGACGCGCUCGCGCACCGCGGGGCCCAGCGCGUGGCGAUCGGCGGCUUCGGCGUGCUCUCGCUGUGGUGGUACCUGGUCUACAAGCUAACCUUCGAGACAGACCUCGGCUGGGACACGAUGGAGCCGGUGACUUACCUGGUCAGUUUAUCCACGCUGAUGGGCGGAUACCUGUGGUUCCUAUACCACAACCGCGAGAUCUCGUAUCGGUCCGCGCUGGACUUCACGAUCAACGCGCGCCAGAAGAAGCUGUAUCAGGCCAAAGGCGUGGAUCUGCAUCUGUGGGAGACGCUGAUCGACGAGGGGAAUACGCUGCGGCGGGAGAUCAAGACCAUCGCGGCGGAGUAUGAUGUCGAGUGGGAUGAGAUGUUGGAUGAGCGGGACGAGAGCGUCACGCAGGCGUUGAAGGAGGAGAGGACGCAGAAGAAUGGGUCCAAGAGGGCGAGGGAUGAUGACGAUGAGAGGGCCAGGGAUGAUGAUUAGAUAGAUGUCUUGGUCCAUUUUUGAGCGCCAGCUGCAUUGCAUACACACAUACUAUUACAUUUCGCCAUUCGCCAACCUGUUAACAACAGUAUAACACACAACACAUUCCGAUACAUUUCAACACCAGAUAUAACAGUACAGCACAGCACAGCACAGCACCAACACACUCAUCCGUUCCUCACCGGGUCAUAAUACUCCUUCUUUCCGCUCGUGUUGCCACCACCACUCCCACUGCCAUCGCCCUGCGGUUUCAGCUGUCUCGGGGGUGACUUUGCGCGUCCUAUAUAGAACAGUUAGACAAAUUGUACAAUAUCAACAGCAACAGCAACAGCAACAACAAAAAUGCACAUAUCAUCCAC